AGAAAGAGAAAAGGAUUGAAAAUGACAAAGAGCAUGGGAUGUUGUGGACUAAAAGCUAGAUUUGAAACAUAGACAAAGGAAAUACAACACAAACCCUUUAUAGGACAAUUGAUUUUUCUUUUGGUAACCUUAGGAAUAGUGAACAUCUCUUUAUAUAUAUACAAGUCUAAGUGAGGACAAAAUUGGAGAAUACACAAGAAAACCUCUCUUCAAUCAUCACAUCAGACCAGAACCACAAAUGCUUCUAAGAAAAACCAUUUGCAAGACCAGAUUUUUACUUAAAAAAACACUCAAAAACUUCAAAUGUUUCAUCUUUGGAGGGUAUCAAAAACUACCUAGAUCUCUUUCCUUCAAUCCAUUCUUAGGUAGAAGUAGCAAUAGUGCAAGAACAUACACAAGUGAUCAAUUCUACAACGAGUUUUAUGAUAUUCUUCAGUCUGAUCUCAAUAGAAUAAACAGGAAUGGUGAAAUUAGCAUGAAUGUGUCAAGAGAAAAAACAAUGGAAGAUGCUGCAAGUAUUGAAAAAAAACAUGUGAGUUUUGUGAAACAAAUUAGUCCAGAAAAUGGAGUGAAAGAGAAAAAAGACAAAGGGAAUAAGAAGAAUGAUUCAUGUGUUAAUGAAUUGGCAUUGAAGAUGAAGGAAUUGGAGAUGAAUGAUUCAGGUGAUGUUGAACAAGUACUAGAUAUAGAAGAAGCACUUCACUAUUAUUCUCGUCUCAAGAGUCCUAUUUAUUUAGAUAUUGUCGACAAGUUUUUCACUGACAUGCACUCAGAAUUGUCUGUUUCACAAUCCUCUGUCAGCAUCAAACGAUCAAAGUCAAAGGGAAGAUUUGGAUCAAUCAGGUUGUAGAUAAUAUAAAUCUUAAUUCUUGUGGUGUAUAUGAAUGAAAUCUGUUUUACUUUCACCAUUUUUUUGUGUGACUUCUAUUUUACUUCAACUAGUAUGUAUGUUGAAGAGUUUGAGUUUGUUUGGUUUGAA